UGUUGUAGUCAAACAAAGCAGUGACAUGUGGAUCUUCAGCCUGAAGUCAGUGCAGUUCAUUGAAACGGGAAGUAUGGUUCUCUAGUCAUGGUGGAAAAUGGGGGUGGAAAUCAAAAUACAGCAGACGGUAUAACAUCCGUGUAUGUAGAGACAUGUGGGAUGAGAAAAAACAAAGGCUUCAUGAAAGACAUGUGCUGUGUCAUGUCGUUUUGACCAAAACACAAAGAUUUACUGUAAAUGAUUUGGUUUUGAAAAUUUGUGGCUCACAAAUUGCAGUUGUAUGACAGAAACCGCUGACAUAGCUAUAGUGUUAAAAUACAGUAGGCUAUUACAGACUUUUUAUAGAAUCUAUCAUAUAGAACAUUUCCAUAUUUAAUAUUCCAUAUUUUAUUUUAAUAUAUAAAAUAUUUAAUAUAAAGUAUUUAAAAUGUUGACACAAAUAAAUACUUAAACUUAGGUUGUUAAAAAAAGAAAAAGAAAAAAUUCAGCAAGGCUUUUUUUAUCAACUUAAAGGUGCACUAUAAAACUGAUCAAAUUAAUGUUACUUGCGGAGUAACGCUUUUAUGUCAGAUAUGCUUUGGCACGGCUGUUCUUCACAGAUCACUGGUUACCUGUAAUCACUAUAGAAUACAACUGCAGUUUUCUCAUUCAUAUUUCCCAUAGGGAUUUUUAAAACAUCUUUGGUAAAGAGUUAUAAGUCAAGAACCAACCCAACCAGUUACAGUGAGUAAAAUCGGACAAAAAGAAAAAGUUACAAGGUGCAAUGAUUGGUUUGUUGAGAUUUUUGGAUUGGUGGAGGUUUUGCAAAAUCAUGUUUGUUGAGUUUUUGACUAGGAAUUAUGCAGUCGAACAGUUAUUUAAAAAAAUAAGUUACAAAAACGCAUGCUGAUGGUUUCAACAAAAGCAUAAACCAUCGAUUAAUGAUCUUAGAAGCUCUUCUGGGAUGCAUUGCACAGUAUUUUAGAGCAGAUCUGUCAUGCUACAACAUGCCCCACUGAUAAUAAGAAUUAUUUCCAACCAAGUUUUGGCUUUGACUCUUUUAUCCAUUUUGACUCGCUGCUGUUUUUUAGUUUUGACAUCUGUUGAUUCCUCAGAGGUCAUCCAGAGUUGCCGUUUAGAGCUGUCAAUGCUACAGUAAAUUCUAGCUAGUUUAGUAGUCCAAGUUCCACACAACAACACUAUUGUAGCUACGGUUCACACAUGAGCCAGACCUUGUUUUCUUUAUUUCCAGACAUGACGUAAACAUCCAAGAACAAAUGCCGUAAGCCUGGUACAGUACUUUCCCACGAAAUCUAACCUGACAGCUCCAAACAAUAAAUAUAGUACCACAUAGAGAAUCAGGAUAAGAAUUCCCAAAAUGUUUCAUGCCUAAAUUGAUCCAGACGGAAUUUAACGGAAGCCGCACGUGCAUUUGACAUGUCUGCUGAACCUUUCGGGGAAGAGUGGGAGCAAAAAGGUGGGACAGCAGCGGUAAACCUCAUGACAUCACAAGCUCCACUGCCAUUGGAUGUUUCCAGAGGGAACAGGGUUUAAAAAGCCAACCAGUAGCCAUCUCUCACUAGCAUCAAAACAUAGCAAGAUCUCAUCUGAUAAACGGACCUCAGUCUAUCCUCCGACUUAGUCAAAGAACUUCUCAAGAACUUUCUCAAAGAGAAAGAGGCCUUGGCUCACAACAUUGAAGAUUCUAAUGAGAAACUAAGUCUGGAGCCAGAGGCGUGCUAUUUCUUGGGAUUGUGGCUGCUACAUAGUCUACAUAUAACUUCUGGAAUUAUACACCAGAGGAGAUCAUUAUAGAGUAUUUUGCACAGAAAUGAAGACUGUUAUCGUUUUAACGCUCCUCAUCGCCACAGUUUUCUGUCUACCUGUGAAGCGCUCAGCUAGCAGUUCAGAGAGCUCAGAAGAAAUGUUGGUUGCUCAACGGCCACCUCCUAUUCUACGAAAAGCUGCUGCUGUUAUGUUCAAGGCAGAACCUACACAGACUACGCCAGCAGAAUCCAAUGAAAGCACAGACAGUGCAGAUGACAGUGAGGAUGCAGAUGAGGAAUCUGAAACAGAUGAGAACGAAGAGGAGAUCGAGACUGACUCCAGUGAGAGUGAAUCUGGAGAAUCUGCGACCACCGUUGUCCCAUCCACAGUGGAACCCUCACUGGACCCCAUCAUCAACACAGGCCGGGGAGACAGCAUGGGCUACCCUAGCGACUACAAAAAAAGCAUCGUAUAUGUGGACGCAAACGACUUCGCAAAAAUUCCUUCCCCAUACAAGUCUUACAGCAGUGAAAAGUUGGGCGGCUUGACUUUCGUGAGCAAGAAGUCCUCUGCCUACGAUGAGCAGAGCAUCAAUGAUGUGGAGAAAGAGAUUAAACUGUACAAGGCUCUGCAGGUGCAUGAUGCUCCUCUGGAGGAGGACGACACCAGCACCCCAGAGGUGGAGAACAUGGAGCCAAAUGACCGCCAGGCUGCUCUGGGAAGCCAAGAGAUCGUUCCCACCGGAAACCAGGAUGCUACAGCAGAGUCAGGCAGCGAGGGUUCAAGUGCUGGCGACACUCCCAACAACAGCGCCAGCGCCAGUGCCAGCCAGGAGCAAAAUGAAGAAGAGUCGGACAGCAGCCUGAGCAGCGAGGAGACCACAACCACACCUGGAGCUGCAGACAGCGAGAACGACUCCUCACAGAGCACAGAGAGCCAGGAGAGCGAUUCGGAUGAGGAGACCACCCAGACCACCGACGCUACUGUUAUCAUAGCAAAGUAAACACAUCCGAGCACAGACCCUCAACGGGCUGUCGACAGAAACGAAUGCAAAUGUAUUAAUUGUAUGGUGCUUGGUGACUCACUCCACCUGAUGUUAGUGUGAGUUAGACAAACGGCAGAGCACAAAGAUACGGUUCAUACAAGUUCUUCAACUGCUGCCGAACCUGUUGAGAUGCAGUUUCAUCUCAACGAUGUCUUCCUGUUCAUUGCACAAUUAUUUACAAUCUUAAUGUAAAUGUAAUUUUAUACUGCUUUAUGUAUGUAAUGACUGAUCAUUUAUGAAUAAAU